AUGAAAUUGGCUUUAGAAUUGAAGUGGGUUUUUGCAACAAUUGAAGUGCCAUGGUUUCGCCAGGGGAAGACGUUCUAUGGAAGAUACUUUGGGCACAAACCAACAAUCCGUCCAAAUGCUAAAAAGCUGUACCAGUUGUUCAUGAACCGAAAUAACAUGACAUGGGAAGAGUUUGCCUCCAAAGUUCGAACUUUUCAGAUUGGCUUCAUGGGAGAGCCAAAUGAGGUGAAGCCUGGCAGGGGUGAGUUUCAUGAGAACCCUGUAUUGUGCAUAUGUGAGAAGUCCGGGAAAAAGGCCAAGGUGGUGUUGAUUCUCCAAAAUGAAACUCAUAAUCGCAAUACAAGUGGUGAGGAGGAUAACACAAUAAAGAUAAUGGCAGACCUUAGCAAACCAGAGACCAUACCUGCAACAUUGGUUGGUAUUCAUACAAUAAUUGAUUGUGCCACAGGACGACCAGAAGAGCCCAUUCGGAAGGUAGACUGGGAAGGAAAAGUUGCUCUUAAACAAUGUGCAAAAGCAAUGGGAAUCCAGAAGUAUAUUUUCUUUUUCAUCCACAACUGUGACAAGCAUCCUGAAGUUCCACUAAUGGACUGCACUGAGAAGUUUCUUCAGGACUCAGGCCUAAAUCACAUCAUAAUCCGGUUAUGUGGUUUCAUGCAAGGCCUCAUUGGGCAGUAUGCGGUGUCUAUACUAGAGGAGAAUUCUGUAUGGGGAACGGAUGCUGCAACAAGAAUUGCUUACAUGGACACCCAGGAUAUAGCUCGCUUGACAUUUAUAGCUUUACGCAAUGAGGAAAUUAAUGGGAAGCUUCUCACAUUUGCUGGUCCUCGUGCAUGGACAACCCAAGAGGUGAUAACACUGUGCGAGAGGCUUGCAAGGCAAGAUGCAAAUGUUACUAUUGUCCCAGUGUCUGUGUUGAGAUUGACUGGCCAGGUGACUCGGUUUUUUGAGUGGACAAAUGAUGUUGCUGACAGAUUGACAUUUGCAGAGGUGCUUACAAGUGACAUUGUUUUCUCUGUUCCAAUGAAUGAGACAUAUAAACUUCUUGGUGUGGAUGUGAAAGAUGUAGUUACCCUAGAGAAAUAUUUGCAAGAUUAUUUCACAAACAUAUUGAAGAAAUUGAAAGAUCUCAAAGCACAGUCAAAGCAAACUGACAUCUACUUCUGAAUGAAGUCCAUUUUGUAUCUGUAAAUGUAACCACGAAUGUAUCAACAAGUUUGAUACCUGAUAACAGUCAUCAAAGAGGAAUGCUAUUCAUUUAGAUCCCUUUACCUC